CUCUGUGCUGAGAGGCCCUUGGGGCAGUGAGUGACUCAGAGGAGGCCUAGGGAGGGAGCUGGACAAAGGGACUUUCCUGGGCGUGAGAGAGGCUGCUUCUCUGAAACACUUUUCCUCACAACUGUCCUCCCCGCAGGGCACAGCCCCUGGAAUCCUGAGCUGCCAUGGGCUACCCCAAGACGUCCAGAGAAGACAAUGAACGUUGGAAGAUCCUAUUUCACAACACUUUAGACCGAUGGCUUGAUGGUAUCGAAGUUCAACCCCAAGGAGAGGGACAGGUCGAUUUAUGCCUAGAAGACCUGGAGGACAAAUUGAGUGAAAACUUUCUUGACGCCGUGGAGGAGCACCAUCGGAAGAACAACUCAGAAUCUGCUCCUUUACUUCCUGACAUGAAGUCCGAGUUACGUCGCAGAGCUCAGAAGUCCUCUGUCCCCAACCCUGAACCUGAGGGUCCAGGGAUCCUGGAAGUUGAGGCUCCAGAGGCACCCGAGCCUGAAGAAAGCUUUUGGGUCAGAGCAUGGAGGUCGUUCAUGGGGAUGCUACAGCGACUGAAGCAGAGGUUGCAGGCUGUACUGGCCUGGGUGCGAGAGAAGGUGGCUGCUGGCUGGCAGGCCCUUUGCAGUGUGGCCCAGUUCAUUAAUAGUCUGCUUGAGAGUUUCUGCUCCUAUAUGGCUGGGUUGUUUAGGUACCACAUCCAGGUCUAGGGGGCCCCAUGGGGUCCAGGAGGGGUAGCCACACCUUGCAGCCCUUUGACAUCCCCCUUUUCACAGAGAACCUUCAGAAGUGACCUUUGCCACCUGCCUACCCUUGACCUGUCCUUGACCACCUCCCUCACCGCCUUGCUGUGCACAGCCUGGCCACCCUGCCCACCAUGUACUUCCUGCUCAGGUUUCCUUCUGCAGGUCUGACUUGUGGCUGCAGCCCGUAUGUCUUAAUAAAGUUGUUGAACCAAA